CAGAGAAGCCCACGUCGGGUAGAGCGUCUCGCCUGGUGAUGUCACGCGUGCGCCGGGCACUGAAGCCUUUCCCCGCCCACUCGGGCGCCGCUCUCUCUUUCCGGACCUGGCUGGGCAAGAGGCGCCAUCAUGGGAGUUGACAUUCGUCACAACAAGGACCGAAAGGUUCGGCGCAAGGAGCCGAAGAGCCAGGACAUCUACCUGCGACUGCUGGUCAAGCUGUACAGGUUUCUGGCAAGAAGAACCAACUCUACCUUCAACCAGGUUGUGCUGAAAAGGUUGUUUAUGAGCCGCACUAACCGGCCACCUCUGUCCCUGUCACGGAUGAUCCAAAAGAUGAAGCUUCCUGGCAGAGAGAACAAGACAGCUGUGGUUGUGGGGACCAUCACAGAUGAUGUGCGGGUUCUGGAUGUUCCAAAACUGAAGGUGUGUGCCCUGCGUGUGACCAGCCGGGCCCGAAGCCGCAUCCUCAAGGCUGGGGGUAAGAUCCUCACCUUUGACCAGCUGGCCCUGGAGUCUCCCAAGGGUCGAGGCACCGUGCUCCUGUCAGGUCCCCGGAAGGGCCGAGAGGUUUACCGGCACUUUGGCAAGGCCCCAGGAACUCCGCACAGCCACACCAAACCCUAUGUCCGCUCCAAGGGCCGGAAGUUCGAGCGUGCAAGAGGCCGAAGAGCCAGCCGAGGCUACAAAAAUUAACCUUGGAUCUUACUCUGUUAUUAAAAAGAUUUGGAUGCUAA